CCCAGGCCUCCCCCUCCUCCCGCCCUCCAGCCCGCCCUCUCUCCCUCCCUCCUUCCCUCAGCCGACGAGGCAGCAAUUACGCUUUGGGGAUAAAACGAGGCGCGGAGAGCGGGCUGGGGCAUUUCUCCCCGAGAUGGCGGGUCUGACAGCUGCAGCCCUGCGCCCCGGAGUCCUCCUGCUCCUGCUGUCCAUCGUCCGCCCCUCGCAAGCUGGAGGGGUCCCAGGUGCUAUUCCUGGUGCAGUUCCUGGAGGAGUCUUUUACCCAGGGGCUGGUGUCGGGGGCCUGGGAGUAGGAGCAUUGGGGCCUGGAGGCAAACCACCCAAACCAGGGGCUGGACUUGGGGCAUUUGCGCCAGGUGCUGGAGCUCUCCCGGGUGUUGUCCCCGGGGCAGGGGUGGGAGCCUUUCCUGGAGGAGCUUUCCCAGGGGGACUAGUACCUGGCGGAGCUGCUGGUGCUGCUGCAGCCUAUAAAGCUGCUAAGGCUGGUGCUGGACUCGGUGGUGUUGGAGGCGUUCCUGGCGUUGGAGGCAUUCCUGGUGUUGGAGGCAUUCCUGGCGUUGGAGGCAUUCCUGGCGUUGGAGUGUCUACAGGUGCUGUGGUGCCUCAGCUCGGAGCAGGAGUUGGAGUUGGAGCGAAGCCUGGGAAAGUGCCUGGUGUGGGGCUGCCAGGUGCAUACCCAGGUGGAGUUCUUCCAGGAACAGGAGCUCGGUUCCCAGGCGUGGGGGUGCUCCCUGGAGUUCCUACAGGAAUAGGAGUCAAGCCCAAGGGCCCAGGUGUAGGUGGAGCUUUUGGUGGAAUCCCAGGAGUUGGACCCUUUGGGGGUCAGCAGCCUGGAGUCCCUCUGGGUUACCCCAUCAAAGCUCCCAAGUUGCCAGGUGGCUAUGGACUGCCGUACAGCACUGGAAAACUGCCCUAUGGCUACGGGCCUGGAGGAGUAGCUGGUGCUGGGGGCAAGGCUGGGUACCCGACAGGCACAGGGGUUGGUGCCCAGGCUGCUGCAGCAGCUAAAGCAGCAAAAUACGGUGCUGGAGGACCUGGAGCGCUCCCCGGAGUUGCAGGUGCAAUUCCUGGGAUUGGAGGCAUCGCAGGGGUCGGGGGUCCAGCUGCUGCUGCGAAGGCUGCUGCUAAGGCAGCCAAAUACGGAGCUGCUGGAGGCUUGGUGCCAGGUGUGCCAGGCUUCGGCCGGCCAGGGGUCGGCGUCCCAGGGGUCGGCGUCCCAGGGGUCGGCGUCCCAGGUGUUGGGGUCCCAGGUGUUGGGGUCCCAGGUGUUGGGGUCCCAGGAGCUGUGUCACCAGCUGCAGCUGCUAAGGCAGCCGCCAAAGCUGCUAAAUACGGGGCCAGAGGAGGAGUAGGAGUUGGCGGCGUCCCUACUUUUGGGGCUGGUGCUGGGGGCUUUCCUGGCUUUGGUGUUGGAGCCGGAGCAGGAGCAGCAGCCGCAGCGGCUAAAGCAGCUAAGUAUGGUGCCGCAGGAGGACUGGUGCCAGGUGCUGGAGGCGUGGUACCAGGUGUGCCAGGCGCUGGAGUUGUGCCAGGCGCUGGAGUUGUGCCAGGAGCGGGGGCCCCAGCAGCUGCAGCUGCUGCCAAAGCUGCUGCCAAAGCCGCCAAGUUUGGUGGUGUUCCCGGCGGCGUUCCCGGAGCUGUUCCAGGCGUUCCCGGAGGCAUUCCUGGCGCUCCCGGUGGCGUGGUUCCUGGCGUUGGUGGUAUUCCUGGAGUAGGGGCUCCGGCUGGAGGCAAAACCGCUGCUCAGUUGGCCGCCAAAGCCCAGCUCCGGGCUGCAGCUGGGCUUCCUGCCGGUGUGCCCGGAUUUGGAGUUGGUGCUGGUGUGCCUGGAUUUGGAGUUGGUGCUGGGGUUCCUGGAUUUGGGGCAGGUGCAGUACCUGGAUCCCUGGCUGCAGCUAAAGCAGCCAAAUAUGGAGCAGGAGGCGCAGGAGCUCUUGGAGGAGUAGGUGUCCCAGGUGGUGUGGCAGGAGCUGGGCCUGCUGCUGCCAAAGCUGCUGCCAAAGCUGCCCAGUUUGGCCUGGGCGGAGUCGGUGGCCUCGGAGCUGGAGGGCUCGGGGUUGGAGGACUUGGGGCAGGUGGAGUCGUCCCAGGCUUUGGAGGUGUGGCCCCAGCUAUAUCUCCUAAAGCAGCCAAAUAUGGUGCCGCUGGCCUUGGAGGUGUCCUUGGAGCCAGGCCCUUUCCAGGAGUUGCAGCAAGACCUGGCUUCGGAUUGUCCCCCAUUUUCCCAGGUGGUGGAGCCGGGGGCCUGGGAGUUGGUGGCAAACCACCCAAGCCCUAUGGGGGAGCCCUGGGAGCCCUGGGAUUCCAAGGUGGCCGGAAGAGAAAGUGAGCCUCCCAGGACCCCUGACUCACGACCUCAUCAACGUUGGUGCUA